CCUGCCCUCCCAUGGCGGCCGCGGGGCAGCUGUGGCUGCUCUACCUGUCCGCAGGGCUCCUGCCCCGGCUCGGCGCCGCCUUCAACUUGGACACCCGCGAGGACAAUGUGAUCCGGAAAACUGGGGAUUCCGGGAGCCUCUUCGGCUUCUCGCUGGCCAUGCACUGGCAGCUGCAGCCCGAGGACAAGCGGCUGUUGCUCGUGGGGGCCCCUCGGGCAGUGGCCCUCCCGCUGCAGAGGGCCAACAGAACAGGAGGCUUAUACAGCUGUGACAUCACCUCCCGGGGCCCUUGCACACGGAUUGAAUUUGAUAAUGAUGCCGACCCUUCAUCAGAAAGCAAGGAAGAUCAGUGGAUGGGGGUCACGGUCCAGAGCCAAGGGCCUGGGGGCAAAGUUGUGACAUGUGCUCAUCGAUAUGAAAAAAGGCAACAUGUUAAUACAAAGCAGGAAUCCCGAGACAUCUUUGGAAGGUGCUAUGUUCUGAGUCAGAAUCUCAGGAUUGAAGAUGACAUGGAUGGAGGAGACUGGAGUUUCUGUGAUGGCCGAUUGAGAGGGCAUGAAAAAUUUGGUUCUUGCCAGCAAGGUGUAGCAGCCACGUUUACUAAAGACUUUCAUUACAUUGUGUUUGGAGCUCCAGGCACUUAUAACUGGAAAGGGAUUGUCCGCGUAGAACAAAAGAAUAACACUUUUUUUGACAUGAACAUCUUUGAAGAUGGGCCUUAUGAAGUUGGUGGAGAGACUGACCAUGAUGAAAGUCUAGUUCCUGUUCCUGCUAACAGUUAUUUAGGCUUUUCUUUGGACUCGGGGAAAGGUAUUGUUUCUAAAGAUGACAUCACUUUUGUAUCUGGUGCUCCCAGAGCCAAUCACAGUGGAGCUGUGGUUUUGCUGAAAAGAGACAUGAAGUCUGCACAUCUUCUCCCUGAACACAUAUUCGAUGGGGAAGGUCUGGCUUCUUCCUUUGGCUAUGACGUGGCAGUGGUGGACCUUAACAAAGAUGGGUGGCAAGAUAUAGUUAUUGGAGCCCCGCAGUAUUUUGAUAGAGAUGGAGAAGUUGGAGGUGCAGUGUAUGUCUACAUUAACCAGCAAGGCAGAUGGAAUAAUGUCAAGCCAAUUCGUCUUAAUGGAACCAAGGAUUCUAUGUUUGGCAUUGCAGUCAAAAAUAUUGGCGAUAUCAACCAAGAUGGCUACCCAGAUAUUGCAGUUGGAGCUCCCUAUGAUGAGAAGGGGAAAGUUUUUAUAUAUCACGGAUCUGCGAAAGGAAUAAACACCAAACCAACACAGGUUCUUGAGGGUAAUUCACGUUUCUUUGGAUAUUCAAUUGCUGGAAAUAUGGACCUUGAUAGAAAUUCCUACCCUGACGUUGCCGUUGGUUCCCUCUCGGACUCAGUAACUAUUUUCAGAUCCCGGCCUGUGAUUAACAUUCAGAAAACCAUCACAGUGACACCUAACAGAAUCGAUCUCCGCCAGAAAACGGCCUGCGGGGCCUCUAGUGGGAUAUGCCUCAAGGUUAAGGCCUGCUUUGAAUAUACUGCCAAACCUGCUGAUUAUAAUCCUUUAAUAUCCAUUGUGGGCACACUUGAGGCUGAAAAGGAAAGAAGAAAAUCUGGGCUGUCAUCAAGAGUUCAGUUUCGAAACCAAGGGUCUGAGCCCAAGUACACCAGAGAACUAACUAUGAACAAGCAGAAGCAGAAGGUGUGCAUGGAGGAGACCCUCUGGCUACAGGAAAAUAUUAGAGAUAAACUGCGUCCCAUUCCCAUAACUGCUUCGGUAGAGAUCCAGGAGCCAAACAGUCGGAGGCGAGUGAAUUCACUUCCAGAAGUUUUUCCAAUUCUGAAUUCAAAUGAACCCACGACAGUUCAUACAGAUGUGCACUUCUUAAAAGAGGGAUGUGGAGACGACAAUGUGUGUAACAGCAACCUUAAACUAGAAUAUAAAUUUUGUACUCGGGAAGGAAAUCAAGACAAAUUUUCUUAUUUACCAAUUAGUCAAAAAGGUAUUCCAGAACUAGUUCUAAAAGAUCAGAAGGACAUUGCUUUAGAAAUAACAGUGACAAACAGCCCUUCUAACCCAAGGAGUCCCACAAAAGAUGGCGAUGAUGCUCAUGAAGCUAAACUCAUUGCAACUUUUCCGGAUACUUUGACUUAUUCUGCAUAUAGAGAACUGAGGGCUUUCCCUGAGAAACAGUUGAGUUGUGUUGCCAACCAAAAUGGCUCACAAGCAGACUGUGAUCUUGGGAAUCCUUUCAAAAGAAAUUCCAGUGUUACGUUUUACUUGAUUUUAAGUACAACAGAGGUCACCUUUGACACCACAGAUCUGGAUAUUAAUCUGAAGUUGGAAACAACAAGCAAUCAGGAUAAUUUGGCUUCAAUUACAGCUACAGCAAAAGUGGUUAUUGAACUGCUUUUAUCAGUCUCUGGAGUUGCUAAACCUUCCCAGGUAUAUUUUGGAGGCACAGUUGUUGGUGAGCAAGCUAUGAAACAUGAAGAUGAAGUGGGAAGUUUAAUAGAGUAUGAGUUUAGGGUAAUUAACUUGGGCAAACCUCUUAAAAACCUCGGCACAGCAACCUUGAAUAUCCAGUGGCCAAAAGAAAUUAACAAUGGCAAAUGGUUGCUUUACUUGGUGAAAGUAGAAUCCAAAGGAUUGGAAAAGAUAGCUUGUGAGCCACAAAAUGAAAUAAACCUUCUGGACCUAAAGGAAUCUCACUACUCAAGAAAGAAACGGGAAAUUGCUGAAAAACAGAUAGACGAUAACAGAAAAUUUUCUUUAUUUGCUGAAAGAAAAUACCAGACCCUUAACUGCAGCGUCAACGUGAAAUGUGUGAACAUAAGGUGCCCACUGCGUGGGCUGGACAGCAAGGCCUCGGUUGUUCUGCGCUCAAGGUUAUGGAACAGCACAUUUCUAGAGGAAUAUUCUAAAAUGAACUACUUGGACAUUCUUGUGCGGGCUUCCAUUGAUGUAACUGCUGCCACAGAGAAUAUCAAGCUGCCAAAUGCAGGCACGCAGGUUCGUGUGACUGUGUUUCCCUCAAAGACUGUGGCUCAACAUUCUGGAGUACCAUGGUGGAUCAUCCUGGUGGCUGUCCUUGCUGGAAUUUUGAUGCUUGCUCUGUUAGUUCUUUUAUUAUGGAAGUGUGGAUUCUUUAAACGCUCUAGGUACGAUGAUAGCGUUCCCCGAUACCAUGCUGUCAGGAUCCGGAAAGAAGAGCGAGAGAUCAAAGAUGAAAAAUAUAAUGAUAACCUUGAAAAAAAACAGUGGAUCACAAGGUGGAAUGAAAAUGAAAGCUACUCUUAGAGGGGCCAAAGAAACUUCAUAGUACCCAAACUGCUUUAAAAAAUUUUCCCAACUCAGAAAUUCAAAUGGAUUUAAAAGCCUGUUCAAAACCUGAAUAUUGAUUUCAGACAGACUAUAUACAGUACGAACCUACAGUUAUAACUGCUGUGGAUAUUGUUACGUAGCCUAAGGCUCGUGUUUUGCACAGCCAAAUUUAAGACUGUUGGAAUGGAUUUUUCUUUAACUGCCUUAAUUUAAUUUUCUGAGUUGCCUUUGUUUUUUGGUGUGGCUGACUCACAUGUGCCGGGGAAGGGCAGCCCUGUUCCACGACAUUCCUCCCGGUAGUGUAGCUGGAAGAAGGCACCCACAGUCACUGUGUCAACAGAGUGGCCAUCCUAACCCUUGGCACUGCCUCUGCAAACAUUCUUCCUAUAGGACUGAAGACCCUGCAAGUUCACUGUCCAGCAUCACAAGACAAUGCCGUAGGGAGAGUUGUGUUUCAAUUUAAAGUGCUAUCUUAAAUUAAAUGUGCAAUAGAAGGUGAUGUUGCCAUCCUGCCAUGUUUUUCCAUUUCCUAGAUGUGUGAAUACUUGCUCACACCAAAUACAUACACAGGUGUCAUUCUCUCUUUUCACUAAAACACACAGGUGCAACAGACUUGAAUGCUAGUUAUACUUAUUUGUAUAUGGUAUUUAUUUUUUUCUUUUCUACAAACCAUUUUGUUACUGACUAAUAGGCCAAAGAUUUUCCAGUUUACCCUUCAGGUUGGAUUAAGCAAUCAGAAUUAGAACAUGGGAGGUCAUCGGUUUGACCUAAAUUUACUGCAAAAAAGAAAAUAAUUCUUUGUAAAUGUACCAGAGAGUUGUUAUAAUUUACAGAUAAGUUUUAAGUUAUUAAAGUAUCUUCCUUCAUGAUAGCCCUUACUCCCUCCCUCCAAACCCAAAAGAUUUGUUUAAGAGAUGGAAUUAACUGUAAGAUGUUUAAUUCUUAACAGAUAUAUAUUUUUUUGAGUUUAGAGCCCUGUGUGACAUUUCUGAAUUUCAUGCUAUAACUUUCAGGAACUCUGGGAAAUAAUGGGUUUCUUUCUUGAACUUUCGUCACUGCUGUAUGUAUAUACAAGACUUGAAAGAAAUGGUGAGUGCCUGUGGUGGAUCCAAAUCGAUCCAGUGUAAGACUACUGAAUACCUGAUACCAAAAGUCAGAUUAGAACAUCCUGGCUUUUAAGUUUUUAAAUGUCAUUGAAAACAUUUAAUCAGUGAGUCAGUGUUGUAUUUUUUGCUUUGUUUCCUCCCCUAUCUACAUUCCCCAAAUUACGUUAGGACUACUCAACAAAAACUUCAAGUCGUUUUUUAAUUGUAAUAACAAAAAUGGGAGGAAGACAUUAUUCUAUCCAUUCAAUAGAGAUUGAACAGAUAUGAAAGCUGUGUUUUUUUUUUUUUAAUUACUGUGCUUCAAAAUGCUAAGUUAUAUGGGGAACAACAGCAAACAGGUGCUAAUUUGUUUGGACAUAGUGUCUCAAUCUUUUAAAAGAACAAAAUACAGCUAUGUGCCAUUGUUGCUUUGGAGUUUUAAUUUUUUUUUUUUCUUUUCAGAAAUCUUAUGCCCUUAUGAUACUAAGAACAUUAUUCUAGUACUUUGGAAUUUUCAUUCACAAAAAUCGCUUUGCAAAUGAUAUUUUGUUUACAAAAAUUUCUCUAAAACAGGUCAUAACAGUGUUUAAAAUCUCAGUUUCUUGCUUAGGUAACUUGGAACCUAAAGCACUGGCUUUAUAGGUUGCUAAGAGGCUGAUAAUUUUGCAUGCGUUUAUAGACCUUUGCUAUAAAAACGAAUGUCCUGAAAAAUGGGGUGGUUGGGGAGGGGGCGGAAGGGUGGUUCAACAGCAAAGAAACAAUGUAGUGGUGGUUAAAUUUAUAGUUGUUAAAAAUGUCAUCUCAAGUCAAGUCACUGGUCUCCACAUUUGAUACAUUUUUAUACUAACUACCAUUGUAAAAUUAUUUCAUGAUUAGGAAAUACCUGUGGAUAUUUGUAUAAAAGUAUGAAAUAAAUUUUUUUAUGAAAGUGUUCA